CUUCUAAUGAUAUACCCCACUUUGUAAUACAGGUACUAAUGUUUUUAAAAACAUUGAAAUAACAAAAAAUUAGUCUUUUACGUUGACACAAUGGCGGAGCCGCCAGCUACACUUUUUGUGUGUGGGAUGUCAUUACAAAGCAGUUAGCAUACCAGCGAUGUUCGUCUCUUGGCUGACCCCGUAUUAACCCCGACAUGCUCAGUGUAACGUAUCCUCGAUAGGAUAUCCUUUGCAUGUGAUAUACACAAGGUCAUUUGCGCUCUAAAAGCACAUACCUCUCCAGCCAACCCCCAUACAUACAUAUACAAAGUGCAUUGGAAAACUACAGUCAGAUGAAUAAAUGAAUAUUUUCUUUUGAUAGAAGAGAAUUGCUAUUUGAAAACAAAACUUUUUUAUAUAAAUCAAACGCCUGAGAACAACAAGCAUUCAGUACGCCUUUUUUUUUUACAAAGUAUUCAGAAUCAGAUUUACACAAACAUGUAAGAACUGAGCAAGGCAUACUAUGAGACAGGCAAGGAUAUAUAAAAAAAAGGUAUAACAAAGCUCAGAUUCGAUGUAAUUCAAUAAUGAAACGUUAUUCCUUUACAAGAGAGACUUCAUGUCUGUAAAUAAUGUUAAAAUACCUCCAACAGAUUGUCAGCGCAACGACACGAAUUACAUUUAAUUUCAGAUUUGAAAAAAAUAAAGAAAAAGCCUAAAAUUAAGUAAGCUAAACCAUAUAAGAUGUAUAAUGAACGAACCUUUCAAAUAUUAAAAGCUUAGAAAAGAAGUUAAGAACAAGCAACAGGUACCGGUCCCAUUCGUUAUAAUUUAUGUAAGAAAGUUUUGUUCGCCCAGGUCACGCAAAAAAAUCAAUUAGGAGGUUAAUAAAUUUUUUUCGGUAACGGGUACAAACUAUCACGAGGCGUUAAAAUUAAGAUUAAACAAAAAACUUACAACAUCGAAAUGUCGCAAAGCUACGAAAAAUCGAAGUCCGAACAUGAACGAUAUGGUUUUGACACAGGGAUGACUUUUUUUCCUAAUUUUGCUGGCAGACGUCGACACAACUGUCCUAUUUUCACCGUCACUCGCCCACGCAGGCAUGUGGCUUCAUCCACGAGAUUCAUUUGCUUCUUUUGCUUUUUCUCCAGUCUUCUUCGCUUUCUUCAGUCAAUAAUGAUACGUGAUACCAGAUCAUUGCUGGGUCCAAAAAUGGAAGACGAAAUGCGGGGGUAAAAUAGAAAUCAGAGAUAUCACCGCUAAUCGGCAUUAAAAAGUAGCCCGCUGUCUGCUACCUGUCUGUUGUCUCUAUCUUCCUCUCUCCAUUCCUUUCUUUGAGUCUGUUUUCAUUAAUGAUGAUCAUAUUGUUCUGUUUAGAUAACGGAGAAAUUCGGAAAUCCGAGAACUCGACACCUCUCAGACGAAACAAAAUGUAAAAAAACGAGGAUAUCCACUCAUUUUCCUGUGCUUUUUACAAGUCCAACUUUUACGUCGACAGUCACAGACCAAGCCACUUUGUGAAGUACUCUCGGGCUGUUCGCGAACGUCGUCCGCCAGAAGCAGUCUCCAAACGCGUAGCUACAUGAAAACACACCGUUGUGUAUACAUAACGAUAAAAUAAACUACUGUCAACGUUCGCACACAGAAGACCGACACGUGCGAACGGUCAUGCAUAUUCAUUUCCGACUUGAGCCUCUCUGAAUGGUGGAUAGUUUUAUGACGUCAUCGUUCCGUCGGUGAUCGGUCGUACCCGUUCAUAGUGAGAAUUAGCUCCACCCCUUUAUUGCUCGCCAUCAAUAAAAGGCAAUGGCAAGCAGCACUCCAAUACAAAUCACAGCUUAGAAGCAAACAGGUAAAAACACCAGUUUGGAGGUAGCCAACGAAAGAUAUUACAUAUAGAUAUAUAUAUAACAUCUUUAUUGAAGAGAAGCGAUUUUAAGCAGUCAUACUGGAACUUUCACUUUAUUUUUAACCUACCUUGGAUACAUUGCGAAUACAUUCAUUGACUUACACUUUAUUGAAGAUGGCGAAUUUAUCUUCGAAUCCAUUUGUUCUGGCGAUAUCAAGAGUUUACCUUGCUCUAACACUGCUGGGCCGCUCAUACACAACGUUAGGAGCCCCAACGAGAGCACCUUUGGAGUACAUUGAAACACCAGCAAAUUCACUAUUGCAACUCCACGAGUACUUAUCAGACGCCACAUCAGAGCUGGCUAAGCACUCAAGAAAUGUUUAUAAUGGCUUUAGGAGACAGAGAUUUGGUACCGAUGCAGACAUCAACCCCCGUACAUUCGUUCUUGGUGGACUCCCAACUAUCCAGGAUCUUGAAGAGACAAGAACAAGGCAAGGGCUUACGGAAGAAGACCUCCUUGAAACACACAGAGCAAAUCUUGGGAUAUACUACCAGGCCAUGGAUUACCUCAUCUCGGACGAAGCCUUGUACAUUGGUGCAGAUGAUUUCCUUCACAUUGAUGGCGAUAGCUCAACAUUCUAUCACAUUCGAGACCACAUCGAAGUGACGUUAAACAGACUCAAUGCCAUUAUCGUUCGGGAGGGUUUCAGAGGAGAAAACCGAACACCUGUCCAGAGCACGCUUACAUUCCAUACAGAGCUCAAUGAAAACUUCAGGAACGUAAGAGAUCUAUGUGUGCUAUUUGAAAUUUUCAAAUACACCAAUGACGUUUUAUACGCCGAUGUUAAACUACAUGAAAGUCAGCAUAGAGCAGAAGUCGCGUCCGAGCUUGUUCACAGAUCAGAACUUACGUCUGGGAGACGGGCCGAGAGGUAAAACUAGGCCCCGGAUUUAUUUAUUUAUAUAUAUUCAUUGAAAUAGUAUUUAAAAAUAAUUUAUCAAACAAACUUUCACAAUUUUAAAGUGUCCUCGCCUUCAUGGCUCUUUCUAUUUAUCGGUUUUCCACGUCGAAGGUAUUCUGUGGGCCAACUGUUGUGAAACUGUUUUCAGAGUUUUGUAUGGUGUAUUCACCGAAGUAUACGUUAUUGUUUGCUCAUGUUUCAAGGAAAAUGUGAAAAUGCUAAAGAAAAAGGUGCUAAGUAGAACGAUUAUAGUACAAAUCUGUGCGAUAUUUAGGUUAAUGUUGUACUUCAAUAGCUUGAAGUAAAAAAAAAUGGGAUCAAAUUUCAUAUGUAGCAUCUUUUGGGGUAGGUUUAGCCGUGUAAGACUUUCUGAAGCACAAACGCUCUCGUAAUACUUUGAGAGCCAUCCUUUCGUAGAUCGUAGAGGGAGUAUUGCAAUAAUAUAUGCGGUGUGCUGAUAAUUUCGGGACAAUGCCAUGUGGUAUGUCGCUACUUCGACUGUUCACGUUUAAACUAUUCAAAGAAAGAAAGCAUCCCAAUUUCAUAGGAUUUUAAUAGAAUGUAUGAACAUUGUGUAUUGUAGACAUAGUUUGGUAUUCAAUAUGACACCUUGAUUUUAUUUAUUUGUAUUGAUAUCAAUUAUGUACGUUAUUUAUUAAACACCACUUUUUUCUUAAAACCUUAGCAAUUAUACAACUCAAAAUAUGAUAAGUGGACUAAAAUGGAGCGGGUGAACAGGGGAGGGGGGGGGGGGGGUGAUGGAAAGCUGUCACCUGUUGUAACUUCUCGUGUUAUGAUAAUUUUUAGCAAUGUUAAUGGAGCUAUCGUCGCAUCUUGCCUUAAAACAUUUUUUUAGUUCGCUCUUAUGACAGGAUUCUCAUUGUAAAAUACCAAAGAAACUCUUAAAUAGUAUUCAUAGGAAGUAAACUGUAACGAGAGGGAGCCGAUUUAAAUUCAACAUCGUAUGAUUUGCUUUAAGUUUCGUCAAAGUUCUACUUCUGGAUGUCAAAUUGAAUUCGAAGUGAAAUCAUUUGUUUCAUUUCAGGAAAGACAUUUUGUGUACCAUAUUGCAUUGAUGUGUAUUUCUACUCGAGGCCUUGUUAAACUCUUCAACAAGCCCUUGAAAUUGGACAGACGUUAUAUUUCAUGUGUGAGAAAGCGGGCGGGCCCGCGAUAAAUCUAUCUCUUAUUCUAUUUUUUUUCAUGUCUAUCGAAAUGUGGUUCCAAUCAAGACGUUUUAUUUUAGAAAAGAGCGCAUCAUUAACGGAUAUACCUAGUUACUGCUGUCAAUACAUGAUCUGUAUAUUUAUAUAAUUUUCUAAUUUAUCUAUGCACUUUCCAAAUAGUGCCCUAGUAUAUAUUCCAAAACAUGAAAAGUUAUAUUUGUGUGGAUUUACUUCAUAAAGGGCAGGUGAUAUAUUGCCGAUUGAAGUCAUUAAGGGUGGGAAAUUUUUUGUUUUGUCCGCCACUCAAAAGUUCCAUGGGGAAAAUGUCAAAAGUUCAAAUGUCAUUUUACGUGUGCCAAAUUUUCCUGCAAUUAAAAAAAAUGAGUUUGGCUAAGGUUAUGAUAAUGAAUUCUUAUUAUUUUUUCGAUGAAAUGAAAUAGCUUGAUUAGUUACAUUUUGCUGUAGAUAUUACUAGUGUGAUCCAGUGACAAAGAAGAGGUUGCACGUCCAUGGUUCUUUCAGAAAACUCACUUUUCAAGCAAUGUUUCAGCUAGUAUUCAAUAAUGUUUUCAUGAAACAAAGUAUUCGGUUUGCGAGUGAGGUUAUUCGGAACAAAACAACGAUGAUCAGACAUGAUUGAACGAAUCAAUAUUUUAGGUUAUUAUUGAAUAUGUAGUACCGUUACAAAUUUUCCUCUCAAAAUCCGAAAGUUUUAAAUAGUUCUUGGGAAGUUUAAAAUAAUUGUUUUUACAUUGCGAUAGAUAUCUAAAGCCUGUACAAUUCAGUUUUACUUCAUGAUGUGCCACUUUACGCUAAUCAAAUCUCAUUUCUGUCAAUUGUACAACAAAUUUUAUGUUCAUGUGCGUGGGUGUGUGAGGAUGUGUGAGUUCUGUGUGUGUGUGUGUGUGUGCGCGCGCGCGCGCUCUUGAGAUGAAACUGUUGUCUGUACACAGUGGUAUGUUUUAUAAACAAAAGAAAAUAUAUGACUAUUCUAUAUUUUAUAUUUAUGACGAUAAGUUUACAAUGUGACUUAAAAUUUGAGCGAUUUAUUUUGUAUCAUAUUGUCAACAAUAUGAAGUGAUUGUAAAAGCAUUGUGUGUGUCGUCUCAUGGAUUUUAUACUUGUACAAAAUGCGUAUUUCAUAAAAUGCGAACUGUUUUUGAAUGUUUCUGUCGAAUAUAAUUUAUUAUGUUAGUACUGUAAGAGUAAUACUGAAUGGAUGGAUGUCUCAAGAUAUUAUUUAUGAAUCUAUGAUCAACAAAAGUACUAUUUAUUGCUAAGUUAUUUUUGACAUUCCAUUGUGAUGUCUAUAUUUGAGAAGAGAGGAAACGAUUUCGUCAACGUUCUCAUGUGAAUGUUUGAUGGAGAUAUUGUUCCAAAAUGAAUAAAAAAUGGUAUACAAGUUAUGCUU